GGGAUCACAGUCAGGAUUAAGUGCAUGUAGGUAAUGGUCUGUAGCCAGUGACUGCUCAGAAGCAGUAGAAGCGAGUCCAUGCAGUCCUACUGGCUUCUCCCCUGUGGACCUUGCUGGAAAUGAAACUGGAUAUUUGCAGAAGAUGAAGAAUGAAACAAAGAUAAUAAGAGAUAUCUGAGCCUUGUUUUCCCUCCAUUGACUGCGUCUGCUGCCCAUAGCAACCAGUAGCCAAGAUGAAGGUGAGGUGGACCAUGCUGGGCAUGGUUGUCUUCUUUCUGCUCUCCUUGGUCAUGACCUUCUGCUUCAUAUGGCAGUAUAGGAUGCCAAAGCUGAAGACAGAAGUGGCUGUAAAAGAAGCGAGAGCAGAGGAGAUGUGCCCUCACUUCCCUGAGCCUGUGCCCCUCAAACAUCCCAUCACAUCGCUGAGGGUGGCCUUAGAAAAGAUAGAUCUACUCCUGAGGUCGAGCAUUCACAGCACCAAGCUGCCAGCCUUGUCAGCCAUCGUGAUUUUAAAUGACUCGAUUCUGUGGAAUGGAAACUUUGGCAAGAAAAACACAAGCGACCCCUCCUCAUCUACACCCACUGAGUACACAGUCUACAGAAUUGCGAGCCUGUCUAAGAUCUUCCCCACACUGAUGCUGUACAAGCUGUGGGAGGACGGCCUGGUGGACUCUCUGGACGACCCUCUGGAGAAGUACGCAGAGAACUUCACCAUUAAGGACCCGCUGUGGAAGAGUAGGGGACCAGCGUCCUCGUCAUUCAGGACCUUUGGCAACCGCUCUCCUGGACUCACCCUGCGCAGGAUGGCCAGCCAGCUCUCUGGGUUACCCAGAAGAUUACGGUCAACUAACCUCCUUUGGAGUGGAGACACAGAGGCAGCCCUUCAUUUGUUGCAGGAUGAUGUCCUCGUGGCAGAUCCAGGCACCAAAUGCCACUACAGCAAUGUUGCUUUUUCCUUAUUGGCCAACAUCCUGGGCCAGAAGGUGACUGGCUCAGACUUUGAGAGCUGGGUGUCAGACAACGUUCUGGAGCGGCUCAGCAUGAAGGACACUGGUUUCAACCUAACUCCAGCCAUUCAGAGGCAGAUGGCUGUGGGUGUGUACAGCAAUGGCCAGCCAGCUCCCCUCUACAACCUCGGCUGGUACCGACCUGCAGGCCAGAUGUAUUCCACAACAGCGGACAUGGCCAAGCUGGUGAUGGCUCUUCUGGGCGCAAAUCGCGGGACCCUGCUCCGCCAAGACACCCUGAACACCAUGCUGACUCCGGUCUUCCGAUGCCACAAUGGCUACUUCGCCAACUCCACUGGCACACCAUGGGAGAUCAACGAGCAGUUUGGCUAUGAUGUGGUAAGGAAGGACGGCGACUUGGACGGUUAUGCGGCCACCCUCUCCCUGGUGCCGCGGCUUAAACUGGGACUGGUGGUCUUGAUGGCUGGGGUUCGGCCUGCAAACCAGGACCUUGUGAGACAGGCCUACAGCAAUCUCAUCCCUGCAUUGGAGAGGGCUUUCAGGGAUGCUCGACGAACUCUCAGACCACCGCCCAACCCAGCUCCAUAUUUGGGCUUUUUCACUUACAGGAAUAUGACUUUCUAUGAGAUCAAGGUGGACUCAGACGGGGUGCUGGUCAUGCAGCAAUUUGGACCACAGGUGGACACAACUGUGCCGUCCAAGUACCGAACUCUUCGGCUGGAUUACCUGCAGGACAGGGUGUUCAGGGUGGUGUUUGAGAGCCCGUACCCUUGCAAGCUUAAGGUUAACAGCGCCUCUGUCUCUUUGGAGGCACAGGACAGACAGCUCUUCAACUUUUACCUUUUCAACAACAAAGGUAUGUCGCCAGGGUUUGAUUCCCCAGGACUCAACACUUACAAGGUAACCAGGAUAGCUGGCAGACCACACUUCAUAAAGACAGGAAUCUAACUCAGAACUCGUUUGGCCCUGUAACUGGGGGUUGUGUCGAGGACAAAUGCAGUGGGAAACACAUGGCAGUUUUCAACUAUUCAUAGAAUGCUCUUUUGCCUGAGUUCAAUGUGAUUUAUCUAAAUGUGUACUAUUUAUUUAAUUUCCGCUGCUUAAAAUACCAAUUAUAUCAUUUAGUCUUGUCCAAAUCUCCAAAUUAAUCUUUGAACUACCACAAGCAAAGCAACACUGAUGACAGUACAGUAAACAUGUUUCCUCAGAUGUGUUUGGUGUAAUAAUGGACAAUGUGGCAGUAUUCCUCUUCAGCCUUUAAGUGCCUACAGUGUGACCUAGGAAGAGGAACACACAGCUGAUUAAAAAGUCAAGUGGUCAAGAUUUAAAUCCACCAGGGUAGCAUAUCAACAUGCUAUGAGCAAUACAUAGUUACAAGAUAAUGUGCUAAAUGUUGUGGACAUUUUCUGUAAUGAAGUGAAUUCAAAGAAA